AAGUCAAAAUUGAAAGGAAAGAGGCGUGGCGUCACAGGCAGAAAUUUACCCAAUGAUGCGGCUUACGGCUGGGCGUUAACCUAAGUCAUAAGAUAAGAACUCUACUUUUAGCUGAGCUAAUCCUGCCAAGGUUACUUUUCACUUGAUUUUACAAAGAAAAAUAUGCAUGGCCAUAGAGACACCAAAAAAUAUAAUAAAAAUUUAGGACAAUGCCAUGCUUGUGCAUUUUUGUUAGGAAAAUGCCAGUUAACCUCAGCAACUGUGAGCGAAUGCUAUAAAUGAAUCCACCAUCCCUCAUCCGCACGCACACCUCUCUCACGUGACCUCUCCCCUGUUCGCAUUGUCGUUCUUCUUUUUCUUUUGAUCCUUGCCAACGCCAUUUGCCAAACGCAAAAUCACUUAUAAAACCAACAGGUAAAGCCCCGCAAUUUUCUCUCUCGAAGCGCCACUCGGAGGAGCAGACCAAUGUCGUCGUCGUCGCCGCUGUCGCCUCCUCUUCUUCCCUUCAACAGUAACACUCAAGAUACGCAUCCUUCUCCUUUCCAAAAUCUUAAACCUAGCAUCCUUGUUAUUCUUUUGAUCCUCUCCAUUACUUUCCUUCUUUCCAUUUCUCUCUGUCUUCUUCUCCGCCACCUUAACCGCCGUUGUCUCCUCCACCUCUCUUCUUCCUCUCAUGUUUCCACUGCCACCAUUCCCAUCGCCACAUCCUCUUCUUCUAAUCGCCAUUCCAACAAUCGUGUUUCACCUGAAAGUCCUGUAUCCUCUCUCAUCGAUUCUCUCCCGCUCUUCACCUUCAGCUCCAUUAAACGCCGUUCGACAACCUCUCCCGCUGAUUGUGCCGUCUGUUUGUCCAACUUCGAACCGCAGGAUCAACUCCGUCUUCUUCCGCUCUGUUGCCAUGCUUUUCAUGUUCUUUGCAUCGACACGUGGCUUCAGUCUAACCAAACGUGUCCUCUUUGCCGAUUACCGAUUCAUGCAUCCGAGUCUGAUCUUUUGAAGGCGCUAUCUAGCUCCAUUGAUGGAGGCAUUUCAGAAAGCUUCCGCCUUGAGAUUGGCUCCAUUAGCUGCCGUCAAACAGCUUCCGAUUCCGCCGUCGAGCAUCGAAGUUCCUAUUCCGUUGGCUCUUUCGAGUACAUUGUGGAUGAAGAAGCUGAGGUUACUAUGAGUCACAUGCACAGGAGAAGCGUUUCAGAGAAGGAAGUCGCAGCUCCAGUACAUCAGUCGACGCAAGAGCCGAACCUAGCCUUCGAAGUAGCCAGCGGAAGAAGUUGGCUUCAGGAUUACGUUGACAGGCUCUCGGCUUCGCUCUCAUCACGUGCUUUUUCGUUUCGAAGUUCUGGAAGGUUUUUCACUGGAAGUAGUCGCCGAAGUGAGAAUGUCAGCACCGGAGAUUACGACUUGGAAGCGAAUCGGGUGGUGGAAGAGAUGAACGAAAUAUUUCGCUGGUUCUCAGGGGUAUGAAUGGUAAAUACUGCACUUAGCUAGGGGAAUUUAAUUCUUCGGUUUAGCUUUGUCCAGUCCAUUUUUUCCAUAUCCACUCCAAAACUAUUCAGCAUGGGCAGGAAAAAAAUUGAAAGGGGGGGAUUGGAUAAAGCACAAAAUGGAAUGGAAGCAGUACUAUACCUUGCUUUGGCGAUUGGCAUCCAUCUUUAAUGAGUCAUGUAGAUAGAUAAAAGUGGUAGAAAUGACAAUUUCUGGGCGGAUUAUAUGAGUUGCCUUUUUAGAAAUGGAUGGACGAGAUUCUGGUCGCGUGGCUAAGGUUGGAAAUUUAAAGAAAUAUCCAUUUGAGAUUUUGUGAUUAAUUGUUGAUGCUACAUAUGCUGUCUUCUAGCAUAUUCCA